AUGACCAAAACGAGAUUCAUGGUCUUCAUCUUGGAUUUUUGGGAGGUCGCGCUUUGCGUUCUGGAGAGCACCUGCCAUCGUACACAACUACAAGCUGUGGGUCGAGCUUACCGGGGCAGCAUGCCCAAAGCGGGGUAUGAAUAUCCUCGGUGGUUGCCGCGGCGCGUUACCCAGUGCAGUGACGCGUCCCAUAGCAUAAGCAGUCUGUACUUGCUCGCCGUUCUCUCCGUCAGGAACACUUCUUUCACCAUCCGACACGAUGCCUCCAAAAGCGUAAGCCUAUUCAGCACGCCUUUUCUGUUUCAUGCUAACGAUAUUUAUGUAGUGAUUGGGAGAAAUGUAUGUACAGCUCGACAAGUCCAUUACGAGAAGAAGGCCGAUGACAAGGAGGAGAAGAUUCAAGCUCUUACAACUAGCGAUAUCCAGAUCCUCAAAACCUAUGGUCAAGGCGCAUACGCCGCAAAGUUGAAGAAGACAGAACACGACAUCAAGGAAGUGCAGAAGCGGAUAGAUGAGAAGCUUGGCGUGAAGGAGUCUGACACAGGGCUUGCUCCGCCAAAUCUCUGGGAUCUUCCAGUUGACCGACAACGCAUGGGAGCUCAUCCAUUGCAGGUUGCGCGGUGUACUAAAAUCAUUCCUGUUGAUCCCAAGAAAGCCGAGGCCGCACGCGCCGUCAACCCUGUCGGUGCCGCUCAAGGCCAGAAGGGGGCCGACGAGCAGGACAAAUAUGUCAUUAACAUCAAACAAAUAGCUAAAUUUGUUGUUGGUCUCGGGGAUCGAGUCGCCCCGACAGAUAUCGAAGAGGGUAUGCGUGUGGGUGUGGACCGGAAUAAAUACCAAAUCCAAAUCCCACUGCCACCCAAGAUUGAUGCUUCGGUGACGAUGAUGCAGGUUGAGGAGAAGCCCGACGUAACGUACUCGGACGUUGGUGGAUGCAAAGAGCAAAUUGAGAAGCUGCGUGAAGUCGUUGAGACGCCGCUACUAUCACCCGAGCGCUUCGUCAAGCUCGGUAUCGAUCCACCAAAGGGAGUCCUUCUCUUUGGGCCACCAGGAACCGGCAAAACUCUUUGUGCACGCGCAGUCGCCAAUCGCACAGAUGCCACCUUCAUCCGCGUCAUUGGCUCAGAACUUGUGCAAAAGUAUGUCGGCGAGGGUGCACGAAUGGUUCGCGAGUUGUUUGAGAUGGCCCGUUCAAAGAAAGCUUGUAUUAUUUUCUUUGACGAAGUCGAUGCUAUCGGUGGGGCGCGAUUUGAUGAUGGCGCUGGUGGUGACAAUGAGGUGCAGCGCACAAUGCUGGAGCUGAUUAACCAGCUGGAUGGAUUUGACCCCCGAGGGAAUAUCAAAGUGCUCAUGGCCACAAAUCGACCAGAUACUCUUGACCCCGCAUUAUUACGUCCCGGUCGACUUGAUCGGCGGGUGGAGUUUUCACUGCCUGAUAAUGAAGGGAGGGCUCAUAUUCUCAAGAUUCAUGCUCGAAGUAUGAGCGUCGAACGCGAUAUCCGAUUCGACCUGAUCGCUCGAUUAUGUCCCAAUACGACGGGUGCUGAACUUCGCUCAGUUGCAACUGAGGCUGGCAUGUUUGCAAUUCGUGCCCGGCGGAAGGUCGCUACGGAGCGCGACUUCCUCGAUGCUGUAGAGAAGGUCGUGCGACAAGGGACGAAGUUCUCGUCAACUGUACAACUAGAUUAUUUGACUUUAAACUUGCAUUUCCUGCGCGCCCUCACAGUGCGCACCAUCCAACGGCGGCGGUACCAUGUUCGUCGUGCACCGUUACCACCGUCCGCUGAAUCUGCUCGACUUCUCGACUCGUUCGCAGCACAUCCGCCACUUCCUCUAACGCUUUCAACCCUCGUGUCCUUCGGAAACCCUUUAACACCUGCAUCUGUGCUGCGCUCAGUAACGUACGUACUCUCGGAGAUACCAAGACGUAUGGCCCAGCGCGUCCGCGCCCUGGAGGGGUUGCCAUUCAUUGUCGGCACUAAUCCAUAUGUUACACGAACUCUCAACGGUCACAGAGACAGCUUCAAUUUACUCGCCACUUAUCCUGAAGUGCGCACACUUGAGGACAAUAAACAUUUUGUCGAUGAACUAGAUAUACUUGUGCAGAGACAUAGAAACGAUAUACCAACCAUGGCCAAGGGAUUUCAAGAGUGCUCGCGGUACAUGUCCCCGACUCAAAUAUCCAACUUCCUCGAUGGUGCUAUCAGAUCCCGCAUCUCUGUACGCCUGAUUGCUGAACAACAUAUCGCGCUCUCACACGCACUUGCUACGGAUCCAGGGGCCGCAGAGACUGGAGUGCUCUUGCACAAUGGUGUCAUUGAUCCAAAGUGCUCCCCCGCGGCCAUGGUCCGCAUGUGUGGCGCAUUCGUCAGCGAAUUAUGCGAGGCUACCCUUGGCGCAAGCCCCAACAUCACGAUUGACGGGUGUCCAGAAGCCACAUUCACCUAUGUCCCUGUGCACCUUGAAUAUAUCCUUACCGAAAUGCUCAAGAAUGCGUUCCGCGCUACCGUAGAGCACCACCACAAGCUUCAUGGCCUUGCUUCAUCCCACCCCCUACCACCCGUCCAAAUCACUAUCUCACCCCCUACUUCAUCCCAUCCAUUCCUAUCAAUUCGAAUUCGCGACCAGGGUGGUGGCGUCUCAGCGUCCAACAUGGCUCGUAUAUUCUCAUAUGCUUUCACUACCGCAGGGCAUGCCGACGACCAUAACGGAGACGGUGGGCCCUACGCCGCACAGCAUAUUGGCGGGAGCGCAGCCAUCGGGAGUGGUGGUGCAGGGGAAGGCGGGAACCUUUUUGGCGAGAUUACAGAGAAGGGUAUCCAGGUGGGCCUUGGAACAAUUGCAGGUUUAGGGUAUGGGCUCCCUUUGAGUCGGUUGUAUGCAAAAUAUUUCGGUGGUUCAUUGGAUGUAUUUUCGCUUGACGGGUGGGGCAGUGAUGUCUUUAUCAAACUUAGAUGUCUACUAGAUGAUGCAGGUGACGCCGAGAUAUAGAUCCAUGGACUUAAUAAUGUUUAGCUGUACUUCACGCCCUCAACAUUUUGCUGUUACCCUCACAGCUGUAUCUGAGCAGUUAUAUUACUUGUGUUUGCCCAAUAUCCUGCUGACAAUAAUUAAUACAUCAUGAUGGCUU